CUUCUUUCUCCUGCCUCCUGAUCCAAAAUUCACAUCACCACACCUCACGCGUCCGUGCGACUGCGACCACUCCUCUUCGACCCAAAGUCUCUUCGUCGUUGCCAGCGCCGCCGAAACCCACCUCCAGUCCUCGCACCCACCCCAGGGACACGCCGCCGGCCACCUCUAAGCUCGUUUCUCUCCUAGUCCUCCUGCUCCUCCUAUCCUCUACUGGACUGGCGUUGAGUGUGGAGAUCCAUCCGGAGGCGAUCCCUUUGACCGGUAACGGAUCCCUAGCUGGUUGCCGUGCGUGAGGGGUUCACGGACUGGACCCAGGGCGCGGCCGCCGAGAUGGCCGGAGGCAGCCUUCGGGUGGUUCACUUGGCUUCCCUUCUUGCACUCGGAUUCGUGCUCGGCUCCGUCCAGGCCAGCCAGGGCGAUGUUGAUCCGCACUACAGAACUUGUGUGAAGGAAUGUCAGAGUACAGCGAUUAUUGGAAGUAACAUCAUCAGCCACUGCCAGUCCCCAGAGAAUGACAGUACACCUGCUGGAAGUUCUUGGUACACACAGGAGCCACUCUACACACAGUGGAAGCAACUAAACUGUAUGACGGACUGCCGCUACUACUGUAUGAUGCAAAGAGAAGAGGAACGACAAUCAGGUGGCCUGAGCCCUGUUAAAUAUCAUGGAAAAUGGCCCUUCAUACGUGUUUCUGUCUUCCAGGAGCCCCUCUCAACUGCUUUGUCUGCCCUCAACCUAUUGAUGCAUUUCACUGGCUGGCUUUCAUUUUUCCUGCUAGUGAAUUACAGAUUACCUAUUAGACCCCAGACUAAGAGAACAUACUACGAAUACACUGGCUUAUGGCAUAUUUAUGCAAUAUUAUCAAUGAAUGCAUGGUUCUGGAGCUCUAUAUUCCAUACGAGGGAUAUUGACUUGACUGAGAAAUUGGAUUACUCUUCAGCUGUGGCCCUACUUGGCUACUCUUUAAUCCUUUCAUUGCUAAGAACUUUUAAUGUCAAGGAUGAGGCUACGAGGGUGAUGUUUGCCGCGCCUAUUUUGGCAUUCGUUACAACACACAUCUUGUACCUUAACUUCUAUGACCUCGACUAUGGAUGGAACAUGAAAGUUUGUAUUGCGAUGGGUGCGGUUCAACUUCUUGCAUGGGCAAUCUGGGCUGGUGUGACCCAUCACCCGUCACGAUUUAAGCUUUGGGUGGUUGUAUUUGGAGGAGCGCUAGCUAUGCUUCUUGAAGUCUAUGACUUUCCUCCAUACAAGGGGUAUGCUGAUGCACAUUCGAUGUGGCACGCAAGCACGAUUCCUCUCACGUAUCUCUGGUGGAGCUUCAUUAAAGAUGAUGCAGAAUUCCGCACCUCAACGGUUGUCAAGAAGGCCAAGUAAACUAAGGUGCUGCCAGGUCAUUAGCUCAGGGUCUGCGGACACCAGAUUUAUUGUACUAUUGAAAGGUAACACGAGGGCACCAAGAUCACAUCGGCAAAAGCUUGGCAUGUUUGACUCCUUGGAGCUCCUCCCAUUGACCAGGUCAAGUAAUUCAUCUUUCAGCAUCAUGAUUUUGGUCGACAAACUCAGCAUCUUGUUUCUGGUGUGCCUUUUGUUAUUGUCGUCCUGAUUUGUAUUUUGAUUAACUUGAACGAUUGUUCUGUAAUUUAAAAGACAGAUCUUUUUCUGUAGCGGAAGGAAAUUGUUCAGUUUAA